AUGAGGGUGGGAGCACUUUAUCCAAUAACAAGUCCUACAAUCAUCCUGGGAACGAUUUGGGACAGACAUUGUGAUAUUCUUUCAAUAAAUAUUCCUGAUUUGAGAGAACUAAUGGAAGAGGUAAUCACGAAAAGAAAUAUUCUUGCCGUUUCACGCAACAUUUUUGAUCCCUUGGGGAUCACUAGUCCAGUGUUGUUACUACCAAAACUCUGGCUACAAAAUUUAUGGAAAUCUAAAAUGGGAUAUAUGAAGCAUGUUAAAGUACCAAGAUGGUUAACUGUGAUAGCGUAUUUGAGAAUAUUUCAUUGCGAUCCAAGCAAACUAGCCUAUUCUGCUGUUGUUUUCCUACGAGUUGAUAUUGGAAGUACUGUACACAUACAACUGGUACAGAGUAAAACUAGAAUUGCACCUUGUGGACAAAAGGAAACAACUAUUGCCAGGCUGGAACUUCUUGGUGCUGUUAUAUCUGCUUGUCUUUCUUCCACUGUCUUGAAAGAGUUUCCAACAGACAAUGUUUAUUUCUGGACAGACUCUGCUACAGUACUAACUUGGUUGAAGAGAGAAGAACCGUGCGGUGUAUUUGUUUCAAUCGUGUUUAAGAAAUUCGAAGGCUGA